GCACUCUACACGUUUGUAAAUUUUUUUUCCCAACCACUUCCACCACCUCCAAAACCCAAUGUUCCUUCACAUUCAUAAUUGCCUCCUCUUAAAGCACUCCCUAUAUAUAUAGUUUCACAACUUUGCAUGCACUUCAUUCCUCACCAAAUUCUUCUCUUGGCUUUUUUUGUCCCUCUAUUUCUCUCCACAAUUGGUUGAUAUUUUCCAACCAAAUUGAUUAACCCAAAUUUAGGCAUCACUUGCUGGAAUGGCAAAUGAGAUACUCACUGCCUUUUUCCUCAUAAACUUUGUGGUUGUGGCCUUUGCUGGCAACUUCAACCAAGACUUCGAGAUAACAUGGGGUGAUGGUCGUGCCAAAAUCCUCAACAAUGGGGAACUUCUCACCUUGUCCCUAGACAAAACCUCUGGCUCUGGAUUUCGUUCCAAAAAUGAAUACUUGUUCGGAAAAAUUGACAUGCAACUAAAGCUUGUGCCUGGUAACUCUGCGGGCACAGUCACAGCCUAUUAUCUAUCUUCUCUUGGGAAUGCUCAUGACGAAAUAGAUUUUGAAUUUUUGGGUAACUUGAGUGGCGAUCCUUAUAUUCUUCAUACAAACGUAUUCACACAAGGGAAAGGGAACAGAGAACAACAGUUCUAUCUUUGGUUCGACCCCACCAAGGACUUCCACACAUAUUCCAUUCUUUGGAAUCCACAGAGCAUAAUAUUCUCUGUGGACGGGACACCCAUAAGAGAGUUCAAGAAUCUUGAAUCAAAAGGGGUUACAUUUCCCAAGAACCAAGCCAUGAGGAUAUAUUCGAGCCUUUGGAAUGCUGAUGAUUGGGCCACAAGGGGUGGCCUAGUGAAGACUGAUUGGAGCAAAGCCCCAUUUACUGCAUCUUAUAGAAACUUCAAUGCCCAAGCAUGUGUUUGGACUUCUUCUUCAGGCUCCUCUUGCUCUUCCAACAAUCCAUCAUCAAACCAAUGGAUGAAACAAUCACUGGAUGCAACAGGGCAAGCUAGAAUUCAAUGGGUGCAAAAGAACUACAUGAUUUACAACUAUUGUACUGACACUAAGCGUUUUCCACAAGGCCUUCCUACCGAAUGUUCACUCGCAUGAAAACAGAGAACUACUUCUUAAUGUUAUAGAACCCUAUCACACCCUCACAUGUUCAAUCUUUUAUGUGUCUUGUAUAAAUUUUAAUAAAAGAAUAGGAUCCUCCUUUAUAUUUUAUUGUUCAUUACAUUGUCCGUAAAAUAGUAUUCAAAUGAGAUUCGUUGUAAUUUUGGUUAUUAAUAAAUUUGUUGAGAGACUCAUAAAUUUAAGAAGCUUUGUGGACUCACGGUUGCUUUUCUUCAUCUUCUUCC